CGACGUGAGGUUAGGUGUAAACCAGUUUAUUUGUUUUUGCUUUAACCUGGAAUUUACUCAGCUUGACAUUGCAUCAAGGUUGCAUCUGCCUCUUAUAAGUGUGGAAGACAAAUUUACAGAUAAGUUCUUCGUGUAGAAUGAUUUUUUUACUAUACACAUCAGACUAAAUUUAUCUUCUUAAAUCGUUCGAGUUAUGGAAAGUUUACUAUAAACAAGCCUGUUAUGAUUUGAAGUGAGCUAAAAAUAAAAAGAAUUGUUUUUUUAGUGUUGUAUUUGUGGCCAACUGAUUAAGGGGUUAAAUUCAAUGGGGAAAUUGCUUUGCAGUAAAGGAAGUUUUGUGUCCUUUAUGUUAAGCUGUGCUGCUUCCUUUUCCUCUUUCACCCCUUAACUUGAGACUGAAGUGAGGCAUAUGAAACAAGGAAGCAGCACCAAGGGCUGCAAUAAGCUGUUUUACACACACACACAUUAGCAUUUUGGUGUCAUCAGAGCUGUUGAAGUGGCCUCAUGUGCUAUUUCUUCAGAGCUUAAAAACAACACCUCCGUAACACCAGUGUGGACGAUGAGGGCACAACAUUUGCUGUUGGCACUGCUGUGCCUGAUGGGAUGUGUGGGCUACUGUGGUACUUUAUCAACCUGCAAACCCCUGAACCUGGAGCUGGUGAAAAGGAAGCGCAUCGAGGCCAUCCGCGGACAGAUUCUCAGCAAACUACGGCUGGCCAAAGAGCCAGAAGACGAUGACAAAGGAGAGAGCGAUGAGGUGCCUGUUGAGGUCCUGUCUGUCUACAACAGCACUGUGGAGUUAAACGAGGAGCUGAUACCCACCCCUGAUUCUCCUGAUGCAGAGGAGGAGGCAUACUAUGCCAAGGAGGUUCAUAAGUUUACCAUGAAUAAUUUUACGAAUAAUAUGGUGAUGCUGUUUAACGUCACUGAAAUGAGAGACGUUUUGGGCUUAGAACGUAUGGUUUCCCAGGCUGAGCUCCGUCUUCUGAUCAGGGAUCCUCGAUUUGCUCCUGGCAAUGAAGAGAGGUUAGAGCUUUAUGAAGGGGCCGGGGAUAAGGCUCACUACCUGAAUUCACAUUUAAUCACCAACAACCUGAACGGCAAAUGGAUAUCCUUUGACGUGACACCGACUGUAAAAAACUGGCUUAAAAAUUCUGCUACAGAGGCAGAAAAGGCAUUACAGUUGAAGUUACCUCAUGGAUGUGGGGAGAGUGAAAAGAUACCUUAUAUUUCAGGCACAUCCACUGAUAGAUUAGACACAGCUGUUCUACAAACCAAAAUGAAAAAGCCACACAUUCUGGUAAUGUCACUUCCUGAAGAUCGUGUACGUCAUCUCAGCUCGCGGAGAAAACGGCAAGCUACAGGAGAUGCAGUUUGUUCUGAGCAGUCAGAUGUUUGCUGUGUGAGAAGACUUUAUAUAGACUUCCGUAAAGACCUGGGCUGGAAAUGGAUACACGAACCUUCUGGCUAUUAUGCAAACUACUGUAUCGGCUCCUGUUCCUUUGUCUGGAACGCGGAAAAUAAGUACUCACAGGUUCUGGCGCUGUAUAAACAUCACAAUCCUGGAGCAUCGGCCCAACCCUGCUGUGUGCCACAGGUCCUGGAUCCUUUACCCAUCCUGUACUAUGUGGGGAGACAACAUAAGGUAGAACAACUGUCAAAUAUGAUCGUCAAAACCUGCAGAUGUAGUUGAAAGACAUGUGCAGCCUUCAGACUCUCUUGUAGCGAUUAAAGAGAAAAAGACUGAGAUGUAUUGAGUGGAAGAAGGCCUGUAUAAUACUGUGGAGGGUCAGUUCAUACAAUUUUUUUAUUUUUGUGAAAGUUUCACUCCUUAAACUCCUUGGCUCAAUCAGUGGGUACUCGACAUACAUUUCUCAUUCUUGUACCUACAUACUGUACCUAUUAAUAAUAAAAAAAUAUAUAAAAUAAUUCACUGUCAUUAAGUCAAUAAUAAGAUGGGACUUUAAGGGGUGAAAUUCCUUGGUACAUUACAGACUUUCAUUGUUAAAUGUGACCUUAACAAGCAAACAAAUGGCCACGCUUAUUAACAUUAACCUUUUUUUUGGUGUGUGUUGGGCUUGAUGGAAUUACAAGUAACAGCGGUACGUAUUUAGGUUAAAACAAUUAAAUAUUUGCAUUCACACCAUAAUAUUAAAAAAGUAUUAAUUGUAUUCAUUAUUGUGUUUAAUAGGUUUUCAAUUAAUGUGCACAUUUUCUCAUUUCCACAAGUUUAGCUAGAGCUUACUUCACAUUUUUUCACAUUUUUACCUGCUUUGAAAUAAUUUGUUCAAAAUUUGCAGGAAGAAAAUACAGGACAAAAUAAUAAAAAAAAACAUUACCACUGGAUGUGAAAAUUAUUAGUAUCUGUAUUAUUAGUUAUUUAAAUCCAGCUGUGUACCAAUAAAACAUGAUCUUUUGGAAUCCAUGAGCUGCAGAGCCUAUUUAAAUAGCUUAUAGUGUAAAAGUGAUGACUCUGGAAACACGGUUAUUAACUUCCUUGUUUGCUGGUCCUGCUCAAUGAAGCGAUCAUGAGGCAUUGUAAUUCUUGGCACAAUGUUCCCUAUUAGUGCCUGUUACAGUUUCCAUUUUUCACCACUAGGUACCAUAAUACCACUAUGGAGCUAUAUGGGGCAGCUGUUACCCUCCCCACACCAAUGCUUAUAUAUGUCAAAUAGAAACAUUUUAAAAAUUGUGGCAAUUUGUAAUUCAAACUAAUUUAAAAUAGACUGUGAACUAGGAAAAUUUGUAUUUCUUGAAAUGUUGAUGUAUAUUGUGCCCUUAUGGAUGAGCUGACACUAUCUCUUUGCAACUUAUACAUGAUAAUGCAAUCCCUUAUACUUCUGUAUUUAAAAGCUGUAAAUGCAUGCUUGAUUUGUGCAAAACUAAGAACUAAUCCUACAUGCGUAGGAGAUUAUUGCUUUAACAGCUUUCUAUUUAGCUAUAACUAUGGCAAGGUUACCAUUUAGGUCAAUGGAGAAGUCGUUCACUUUUAUUCUCUCCCAGCCUCCAGCACAGCUGUAUUCUGUGUUUAAUUGUUCAGCGGACUAGAAACAUUCUUUUCAUGGUCAAAUUUGGCCAUUUACUAUAUAUAGUUAUGAAAAUGUCAGACUUUCCUGAACUUAAAUGAUCUUAUUUGUCCGAGUAUCCAUUAAGUAGGAAUAGUUUUGCGCCUUGUGGACAGUUUGUCACAAAGUGAAAUGAUCAGCCUUAGGUCUGUUUCACUACAGUAUAUAGUGUAUGUGAUCAACUUGAUUCAAGCUUUUGGCUGUUUUCCAGAAUUCAUGUUUUACACACAAUCGGUUAGUUUAGCUUGGGGUUGUGGAAUUUUAUUCUAUCGAAGCAGGUACACACCUCAUUUCAGUUGUCUAAGCAUUUUGUCUUGGUCUUCAACCACCUGAUAAGCUUGUAAACCUGCAGCCUCACCAUCAGACACAAUUUGGUGCAUUGGAAGCUGGGAGAAGUGAAAGGUGAGCCAACAGAGAUCUCUGAAGACACUUACAUAUGCUUACAUAUAGGAGUUUUAGAUUUUAUGGAAUAUGUUACACUUCAUGUCUGACAUAUCUUGAACUGUAAUUGUAUUGUUUUUGUUGUUUUCUGUAAAAAGACAAAAGUAUACCACAUGCAUUGUGAAUAUUAGAAAAGCAUUAAACGAACCCAUACUUAA